UAACUAUUAACCUUCUAUGUUAGGUGACCAGGGACAGGUCAUGGUUUUUUUUAUUAUGAUAUUAACGGCGCUGCUUCGAGAGCGAAUAGGUUUACGCGGGUAUACCCUCGACUUUAUCACUUUUUAUCAAUUUUACUUGGUUGGAAAUUGGAGUAAGGGGCUCUUUUGCCUUUGGCCUCUGAGCUUAAAAGAGACUCUCAGAGGAAUGACAUGGCAUCCAUUAUUUUGGUGCAUGUUUAUUCUCCCUUGUCAUAAUCAACAGCCGAAUUAUUCAAUAUUGAUAUAUGCGAAUCAUGUGGCGUUUGUGGCGGUGGUGGCUUCCAUUCAUACAUAUAUCUUUAAAGUUGCCUCACAUCUCGAGCAGCAACCUCUUGCUUCAUUGGUUGACGUUACCUUCAACUUAUUAAACUGCCUACCUACCUGGAUAUCUGCACUUAAUAAGUUUAUUAUUAUUCAAACAAAUAUGCACUUCUAAAACAGGUCGGUGUACGUUACUAGAUACUUUGUACUUUACGACUUACAAAGUUACAACCCUAUCCACUAAAAACAAGUCCGCACUUACACGACUUUUAAACUCUUAUUAUAACAUGGCAUCUCUAAAUAAUAAUUCUUCGGUGGUAGAGGAAGAAGAGGAAGAAGAUGACUACAUGAACAUGACCUUCGGCGAAGAGGAGCCCAAAACAGAAACCUCUCUGCAGCGGCGGCAGCGGCUCAAGCGCGAAGGCGAGAUCAAGGGGCGCGUCAAGUCGAAAGCCGAGCAGGCGGCGGCCGAGCGCGAGGAGCGCGAGAAGGCGCUCAGCCAAUCGCUGCUGGACAGCGCGCGGGCCAAGAAGAGCAAGGGCUUCGCGAUGAUGGCCAAAAUGGGAUUCCAGCCGGGCGUCGCGCUGGGGAGCGCCGACGCCGCCGCGCACGCCCGGCUCGAGCCCAUCCGCCCGCAGGUGAAGGAGGACCGCGGCGGGAUAGGCCUGGACUCGGACCGCAAGCGCGCGCUCGGCGAGGCGGCGGCCCGGACCGAGAAGAGGCGGAAGGUCGACGAGACGGAGUUCCGGGACCGCGUGCGCAGGGAGCGCGAGCAGGCGAGGUUGGAGAGGCAGGUUUAUGCCGCGAUGAAAGUGUGCGAACGCAUGGAUGAGGAAGAGCAAGGGGGUGGUGAUGGUAAUGAUGAUGUCAAGACGAACGGCAGCGACGCAAAUCAGGAAUCAACAUCAACAACAACGACGGAGAAUGAGAAGAAAAAUAAGAAGAGGAAGAGGACAAUAUCUACGCGACCCCUAAAGUCCAUCCCGGUCGUCUGGCGAGGUCUAAUCCGGAACCGGGAGGAAGCCGAGCGGGACCGCCGGAUGCGGCACGACCUAGAGCAGAGCUCGACGCGGCUCCCAACGUACGUGGACGACCUGGAGGACGAGGACGACAAGACGGCGCUGGGGAAGACGGCGGCGGCGUACGUCCCCGUCGAGGACCUUGAGGAGGAAGACGCGGAGCUGGAAGAGUUCAACGCGCUCGAGGUCCAGGAGAGGCUGGAGAGGCUGGUGGAGUACCUGAGGAGGCGGUAUAAUUACUGCUUCUGGUGCAAAUGCGCUUACCCGGACGACGCGAUGGAGGGCUGUCCGGGCCUGACGGAGGAGGAUCACGAUUGAUUGAUUGAUUGGAUGAUGAUAUAUAUUAGGUACCUACCCGCCUAACGCAUUGGCAUAGUAUAGAUCUGACUACGGGCUAUGUCACUAAUAGGUAAUUAAGGCCUCCCAACUGUCCCAUCUCUGGUCAGAUUUUGCCCAGAUCGUAUAGUCGAAUCCACGCCAUGUGGCAUCAGGAGGAUAUUAAAUACGGAUGCCGACGAUCCUUCAGGAAGAAAGAAAAGGUGAUCUUUAAGUUCUAAGUGAGUUUGCAAUGCUAGUCACAAUAACUACUGCUAAAACCAAACUUGGGGCUCAUCACUCGGCACAUAUCACACUAACAAUGUACCUAACUAUCCGAGAAAGGGGCACACGGCUUCUACCCGGUGCAUUAUUCUCCUAGGCCUGCAGCUAACUUUACCGUGAAGUCGAGGCCCGAGAGAAUCGACCUUAGGUUAGUUAAUAAUCAAGCCUUAUUUUUCAACCCCAGCACCGUAUUAGUAUGAGUGAUUUUU